GUAAUGUCUGCAAAUUCUGGUCAAGUAAUAUUGGGGCCAACAACAAAACAUGCAAGUACUGGCACGAAUACUGCUCCUCUUGUACUUCCACAAUAUCAUGGUACCUCAGCAUCCCAAAAUAUGGUGCAGAUGUCAAAUACUGGAGCACAUUGUUCAACUGAUUUGCCGAGUCCAAAUGACCAAACUGGACCGCAUUUGCUACAAGUGGCAUCUGCUCAGCAUCCAACAAGUUCUGAUGCAUGUGCCACGAUCACACAGUGUUUGAUGAUGUACCAAACGGGACGUGAUGAAGAAUUUAAUCGCAAGGCGAUUGAAAGUUUAAUCAAAAAACUAAAAGACAAGCGUGAUGAGUUAGAUGCUUUGAUUACUGCCGUAACAUCCUAUGGAAAAGUUUCUUCAAAAUGUAUCACCAUUCAGCGCACUUUAGAUGGGAGACUACAGGUUGCUGGAAGAAAAGGCUUUCCACAUGUAGUUUAUGCGCGGAUUUGGAGAUGGCCAGAUUUGCUUAAGAACGAGCUAAAGCAUUUAUCAGUAUGUCAAUGCGCAUUUGAUCUCAAAUGUGACUUGGUUUGCGUUAAUCCGUAUCAUUACGAUCGUAUUGUCCCUCCUGGUAUCGGAACAAUUGAUUUGUCAAAUUUGAAAAUUGAACAUCGUUCCUCUCCGUCUCAAGAUGAUUCAAAAUUGCUAUUUUCAGGAACUGUAGGAAACAACAAUAAUUUACCCAAUUAUAGGAACUCAGGACGUAGGGAUAGUGAUGGAUGGACUACGGAUUCACCUGCCUAUUCAUCAGCACUAGAUGCUUCUGAUAUUACAAAAACAAGUAAUGACAUCUUUCAAGAAACUGUUUUCAAUAUAGUCUUUUUAACUCUACGCAAAAAAUUCACAACAAGAUUCAUUUUUAUUAAAGAAACUAGAACAGUAUCUGUUGGUGAGCAAAAUCCGUUUUGUGCUUCGGAUAUUCAUGCAUCAGCAAAUCAUUCUGCAUGGAGUAUCAGUGAUCAUAAUGUGUCUUCAUUAGUUACUGUCCCAUCGCAGAUUUCUGCAUCAGCAGGAGGAGUAAAUAGCGUGUCAUUCGCAGCUAAUUCUGUGCAGUCAUCAAAUAUCUUCUCAACUCAGCCUGCCGCAGUAAUGCUAAAUUCAUCAUUACAAGUGUCUCCUUCAUCAGCAUUAUGUGGUUCUCGAGUUCCUCGCCAUUCAGAAUCUAGGAUUCGGGGUAGAGCCGAACCUGUUUUGCUCAGUCCACAUCCUGCAAACUGGUGCGUUAUUUCUUAUUAUGAGUUCAAUACCAAAGUUGGUGAAACAUUUGCUGAAAGUGCACCAGCGGUUUAUAUUGACGGAGGAGUUGAUCCAUCAGCUCCUGGUCGUUUCUGCUUAGGAUCUCUUUCAAAUGUUCAACGUACUGAUGAGAGUGAGCGGUGCAGAAAACAUAUUGGUCGUGGUAUUCGACUUGACGUUAAAGGAGAAGGAGACGUCUGGCUGACUUGUUUGUCAGAUCGGCCUGUUUUUGUUCAGAGUUCCUAUCUUGAUCGUGAAGCUGGACGAGUUCCAGGAGAUGCCGUCCACAAAAUUUAUUCUCAAGCAACGUUGAAAGUUUUUGAUCUUCGUCAGUGUUAUCAUUUAUUACGGCAACAAAACAUGUACCAGUUAAUAGCAACUGAAGUAUUGAAUGGUCCUGCUCAAAAUUCUAGAAACCCAUUAAUUGGAAUAAAUAAAGAAUCAACCGAACUUGUUGGUCGAUUAAGCCAAGCAGCGAACGUUGGUGUUGACGAAUUGCGGAACUUGUGCUCAUUAGCUGUAUCUUUUGUUAAAGGAUGGGGCUCUGAUUAUGAUCGUAAAUCUAUCAAAGAAACACCAUGUUGGAUUGAAGUCCAAAUAAACAGAGCCCUUCAACUGCUUGAUGAAGUUCUUCAUAAUCCAACGCUAAACAGUUUUUCUAAUACUCAGUAA